UAAGAUGAUAGAUUUGAAUAAAAAGAAAUGUAUCUGCGGAUUGAUUUAAUUAAAAUCGAACAGCAUCUGAAGUAGGGUCCAAUGGACUCGCAAAACGAAGAAAACGAUUACUUCGAUGGUAUUACGAUAACGUUAAUGUUUCUUCUUUCUUUAAGAACAAUUUUUAACAUAGUAAUAUUUUGUCCUUUGAGAAUAGAAGACAAUUUUUCAUGGAGUGAGAGUAAUUUUUUAUCCAGAACAAAAAGUGAAGUGAGUUUGGCCGGUAAUAUUGGUCGUAGCGUUUCUUCCAAAGAAGUACAGGUUCGAUCAAUCUCGGAAAUCUUUAUUAUUGUAUAUUUUAAUUAUAGAUUUAGAUAAAUUAGACAAAUUGUUUUUUACGAUGAUAGGUAAGCUUUAUUAAUUGUAAAGAAUCCAGAAGCUUUACUUCUGCUUUCGAACAACUGGACUUGGAUGUUAAUUCGAAAGAUAGUACGGAAUUAGUUCAAAGAACAUGCGACGUACAAACUGUUCCAUCAUAUGAUCAAGAAGCUGAAAACAUGAUAUCAAGUUUUCAAACUAGAGAGAUCCCAUCUUUUCGUUUGGUCAUUCAGGGUCCUGAAAUUUUAAAGUUUCAGGGUACGAAACAUACAAUAAAAGAUAUUGCACGUUAUUGGAAAAAAGAUUCACGAAUGUGGCUUUGGAAGUCUGGACAUCAUAAGAAUAAUCAACAACAGCCAGAAUAUUCUAUGUACUUGUGUAGAUCGGAGCAGAAUUUCAAAAGAUUUCAAUGAAAUAACAAUUUACAUU